AUGCACACACCAGGAUCUUCGACGGCCGGUUAUACGCUGCUGCUAAUCGUGCAGGUCGUGUUCAUCAUCGUGUUUGGGUUUUGCACCGACUAUGCUAAGGACCUGCUGCCGGUAAAGAAUGAAACAGCCAAAGCCAUCGAACCGCACCAGGAGAGUAAUCUCCGCAAGUACCCACAUUUCCAAGACAUCCACGUGAUGAUCUUUGCCGGCUUCGCUUUUCUCAUGACGUUCCUGAAGCGAUACGGGUUCAGCGCGUCCGGAUUGAACCUGCUCGUAGCCUCACUCGUCGUCCAGUGGGCCAUCAUCAUGCGCGGUUGCUACGAGAUGGAGGACGGCAUCAUACCGAUCUCGCUGCAAAACCUCAUCGGAGCUGACAUUGCGGCCGCAGCCGUACUCAUCAGCAUGGGUGCUUUGCUUGGACGUACCACUCCAAUCCAGCUGCUUGUCAUGGGCAUCGUCGAGAUCGCGAUCUUCGCCGGUAACGAGUACCUGCAGCUAGAGCUGGUUAAGGCUGCCGACGUUGGUGGUUCCAUUACGGUGCACGCCUUCGGUGCCUAUUUUGGGCUGGCCGUGAGCUUUAUGCUUCGUCCAAAGAAGGAACUAGCUAAGGCGGGCCCACUCGAAGGAUCAUCCUACUCAUCGGACAUCAGCGCGAUGAUCGGCACGAUCUUCUUGUGGAUCUUCUGGCCCAGCUUCAACUCGGCACUGGUUGAUGGAGCUGACCAGGAGCGAGCCAUCAUCAACACGUACCUGUCGUUGGCCGGUGCGACCGUGGCCACUUUCGUCCUGUCGGCGUUGGUGUCCCACGAACACAAGCUUGACAUGGUGCACGUCCAGAACUCGACGCUUGCCGGUGGUGUUGCCGUCGGCUCGAUCUGUAACCUGCUCAUCCAUCCGUUCGGAGCGCUAAUCGUCGGUGUUAUCGCAGGUGUCAUCUCGGUUCUCGGUUAUCGCUUCCUUACGCCUGCCAUACUGUCUAACCUGCGCAUUGCGGAUACGUGCGGCGUGCACAACCUUCACGGUAUGCCCGCCGUCCUGUCGGCCAUCUUCUCCGCGAUCUACGCUACGUUCGCGAGCCCCGAAACCUAUGGCAGCUCGCUGGCGACGAUUUUCCCCGCAAUGGAAAGCCACACCGUGACCAACUCGACGGAAAUGAACGAACCGCUGGAAUACGUCAUCGGGGGAUAUGGUCGAUCCGGUGCCAAACAGGGUGCCUUCCAGCUGAUGGCCAUCGGACUUACGAUGCUGAUCGCGAUCGCUGGCGGUCUACUAACGGGAUUGAUACUGAAAUCACCCUCAGUUCGUCAGUUGGAAGAACAUGAGCUGCACAAGGACGAUGCGUUCUGGGAAACGCCCUCAGAGGAACCGACCACGGCCAGCAGCGCUUCAAACGAAACCUCGCAGCAGUAGCUGUCACGGAGCUGGAGUGAUCUGGGGCAAGCAGUAUUAACAUUUUGAGUGCGAGAAUCGUUCGAAUAAAAGCACCCGAAACCCCAAAGGCAAACGAAAACUGAAAGUGUUAGCGAUGUAAAUAUACUGUAAUAUCGUUGAGCAGUUCAUUUUUCUUUUCCAUCAAUGAUCAAUGGUACACUUUGGAAAACCUCUCGCAAGCCCAUGUACGUUUGAGGAGGCAUUUACAUGUUUAGAUCGAGACUACAUAGUCUCUUAGAUGUGUGGUAUGGAUAAACGUGAUCUUUAUUUACGAUCAUUUUCACUGGUAGCUUUCAGAAGAGUGUUUAAUAAAAGCUAAACCUUCUGCAGACUUUUCUGUAUCGAUGUUA